UCUGUCUGAACAGCAGCAGAAGAAGCGGCAGCAGCUAGCGCAGAUUAGCCUGUUAGUUUGGAGGCUAAAUGCUCUGCUAUGAAGCUUCUUCUGUGAGACGGUGAGUUCUGGUUCCCCUCUGGUCCGAACUUGGGUCGGACCGGUCCGGAACUACUUCCGGUGCCGUUGUUAGCCGUUAGCUCCGGGUUUAGCCAAUUGCUCAGGUGAGCUCAGGUAAGAGCAGCUCAGAACACUCUGCUGGUUCGGUCCGAGCUUCCCAGCAGGGCCAGCUAGCGGUCCAAACGGCACAUCACCGGGAAGAGAGUACGAACCGGGAGCUUUACACCGACCGGAACCAGCCGCACAUGAAUAAGGUCCGGAACCCGGAGACGUCCUGAGGCAGCUGCUGAGGAACAGGUUCGGUCCGGUCAGCAGAACUCCAGCGGAGGUUCGGAGCAGCCUGGACCCAGAAAAGGUGCGCUGCUGGCGAUGGCUCUGAUCGAAGGCGUGGGGGACGAGGUGAUGCUGCUGUUCGGCUCGCUGCUGCUGCUGAUGGUGCUGCUGCUCGCCUGGGUCUCCACCCGCACCGCCGAGCCCCCGGAGCAGCUGUUCCCAGGACACUCCCCCUCCCCACAGGACACGCCCCUCUCCUCCAUCGCCUCUGUGGGUGACGGCGCUCUGUCCGAGGCUCCGCCCACCGGCCCGUCCCCCCGGGAGGAGGCGGAGCCCGAGGCGGGAGACGGGGCGAGGCGGCGGGGAGCGGAGGGGAGCAUGGUGGUUCGCCUGAAGUUCCUCAACGACACGGAGAGAACGGCCCAGGUCCAACCGCACGACACCAUCGGCUACAUCAAACGAACCUACUUUGCGGGUCAGGAGCAGCAGGUGCGUCUCAUCUACCAGGGCCAGCUGCUGCAGGACGACGCCCAGACGCUGGCCUCGCUCAACCUGGCCCAUAACUGCGUCCUGCACUGCCACAUCUCCCAGAGCGUGGCGGCGGGGGUGGCGGGGGGCCCGCGGCCCGCCGACCAGGUCCAGGUGGCGCUGAACGUGGGCAGCCUGAUGGUCCCGCUGCUGGUUCUGAUGCUGUCCGUGCUGUGGUACUGUCAGAUCCAGUACCGGCAGUUCUUCACGGCGCCGGCCACCGCCUCGCUGGUCGGCAUCACCAUCUUCCUCAGCCUGGUGGCCUUCGGCGUCUACCGCCGCUAGCCGCUCUCUGAUUGGCCCGCCGCCUUGGGCCUGCACAUUCUGUUGCCAUGGAGACGUGGAGCGCGACAAGGACUCUGAUCUUUAUUUUUUUAGCUGCUGUUUCUCUGUAACUUCUCAUCACUGUGCCUCAGUUCCUCCUGUCUGAUCUAAUCCAGAAUAAAUCACUAAUUUAUCCUGCUGA